ACUAUACGAAGAGCAGCCUUCUCCACGCCAAGGUUAGACAAAAUGCCAGGAAUGUUCUUCUCUGCUAAUCCAAAGGAAUUAAAAGAAACUGAUCAUUCACUUCUAGAUGAUAAAACGCAUAAAAAGAGGUCAAAGACUUUACUCUCCAUUAAUGAAGUAAUGCAGUGGUCUCAAUCUCUGGAAAAACUACUUGCAAACCAAAUUGGUCAAGAUGUCUUUGGAAAUUUCCUAAAGUCUGAGUUCAGUGAGGAGAACAUUGAGUUCUGGCUGGCUUGUGAAGACUAUAAAAAAACGGAGUCUGAUCUUUUGCAUUGCAAAGCAGAGAAAAUAUAUAAAGCAUUUGUGCAUUCAGAUGCUGCUAAACAAAUCAACAUUGACUUCCACACUCGAGAAUCUACAGCCAGGAAGAUUAAAGCACCAACCCCCACGUGUUUUGAUGAAGCCCAGAAACUUAUAUAUACUCUUAUGGAAAAGGACUCCUAUCCCAGGUUUCUCAAAUCGAAUAUGUACUUAAAUCUUCUGAACGAACUUCAGGCUAAUAGUCUAAAGUGAUCAGUUCCUGGCUGGAGAGAACUGAAGAUUGUAUCAAGGACAGAGGAAUGUGCCAGUUACCGCCCCCUGGGUGAACAACCUGGCCCUUUUGAGUGACUCCACAGGCCCAGGGAAAGAGCAAAUAACUCGAAAUGGAUUAACAUGGAAGUUAUCCAGCCUCAGGGUUGAAGGCACAUAAGCAAGAUGAGACCUGAGAGACAGAAGAAGGAAGGAGAUACUGUGGUCCUGUCAUAAAAAAACAGUGGACAUAUCA